GCAGUAAUUUUUGCAUAAGAAAUAAAUGUCAAUAAAUUUUCAUUUACAAAGUCGCUUUCCCGAUCCGCGGUGGAGUGGAGGUGUGUUUUAGUAGCAUGAUGAACCCCAAGAUGAGCCUUUCGCCUCCGCAGCAGCAGUUCCCGGCCAUGAACUCACCGCAGAGGGCUGGCUCAUCCUCGCUCUCUGUUCCGGGUGGCUCAUCUAGCCGCAUCAAGGUUUCCCUGAAGCCUGGCCGAUCCCUAAUGGACUGGGUUAGGCUGGGUAAGCAGCAGGGACGAAGGCUGAAUGGAGUGCAGGGCCAGAGGAUGGAGGUGACUGAAGAAGAACUUGCUAAGCAUAACAAGAUUGACGAUGGCUGGUUGGCGAUCAGAGGUAAAGUAUACAAUGUGACCCCCUACAUGGAAUAUCACCCAGGUGGAGCCGAGGAAUUAGAGAGAGGACUUGGAAAAGAUGCUACUGAUCUCUUCAAUGAGGUACAUAGAUGGGUGAAUGUAGAGUCAAUGCUUGAGAAGUGUCACAUUGGUUCUCUUCAGAAAGGUGAUCCCAUGGCUGUCUUCAAAGUGCCAGAUAAGAAGACCUCCCCUUCCAAGCCUGAGGAGACUGGAAGCUAUACCAUAAAAUGGCCAGAUACUGUAGAAGACAUUCCGUGGUAUAUGUGCAAGCUCAGAGGCAGAGACAAUAAAGUCAGAGCAAAACACGACUGGUACCAAAUGGGCGAUCAGGUUGUCAUAUCAAUAUACGCUAAGUGCAUGUUUUUCACCACGGACCAUGUAAUAAUAGAUCUGAAAGAGAAGACCCUAAAAGUAACUCUCUACCUCGACAGUCAGUACUUCACACUCCAUCUUGAACUUCCAGAGGAGGUCCAUCCAAACGUAAAAGUGACGCAACGCAAGGGUAACAUGCCUAUAAGAUGCGACCUUUGGCUGAAGAAGAAGAAUCCAAACAUCAAAUGGACGACGUUAGGGCUCCCUCUAGAUGACCACAAGAAAACAGCCCCAACCACUGAUUACGAGCCUUGCUUCAGGACCUGUACGUUACGUAAACGGACACCUGUGACACACGACACAUAUCUGAUGACCUUUGACCUUCCAGAAGGCACACAGUUCAAAGUUCCUUUCGGAUAUCAUGUAUACCUCAAAGCAAACGUUCAUGGAGAGGAAGUGAGUAGACCGUACACACCAGUGUACCCAAGCCUGAAACAUGAGGAGGAUGAGGAAGAAACAGAUAGGUCAAACUCAAAGUGCAGUAUUCACCUCAUGCUCAAAAUAUAUCCACAGGGACUCUUCACACAACACUUAGCAACUCUCAAGGAAGGUGACGAGAUAGAAAUGAGUAACCAUGAUGGUAACUUUAACCAUGAGUGUACGUACAAGCAGCUAACAGUGGUCUACUUCAUAGCAGCGGGAACAGGCUUUACCCCUAUGGUCAAACUCAUCCAGAGAGGACUUGCAGAAGAUUCAAAAUGCAAGUUCAGACUGUUAUUCUUCAACAAGACCCAGAAGGAUAUUGUCUGGAGGGAGCAUUUGGACGAGUGUGUAGAACAGAGUAAAGGAAGGUUUGAAGUAACUCACAUCCUGUCUACUGAAGGAGCGCCCUCAUGGACAGGUCACACGGGUCGCAUCAGUAAAGAGCUUCUCAACGAGCUUAUACCCAAGCAUGGCCCUGAAGAUAUACCUGUCUUUGCCAUUUGUGGGCCUACUCCUUUUAUGAAUACUGCUUUCCAAUUGCUUCUGGAUGCUGGUUAUACGGAGAAAUGCAUCUGUCUUUUCUCAGGUUGAUAAUGGCGAGACAAACCAUAACAAAGAAAUAGACUUUGGCUAAAAAACCUUAUAAUCUAGACCGGAUCCCAUCAUUCCUUUCCGACCCACUCUCCAUCAUUUAUGAAUGUUGAAGUCUUUUGGGAUUACCUUGCCAUGUGAAACAUUGAACUAUUAUACAUGUAGCUUUGUGGUGGCAAUUUUCCCUACAUGUGACUACUCCUCCUAUCUCCCUUACCUCUGAAUGAAUGGGAUUUAUCUGCCUUGGAUAUUGUGGUAUGGACCCUGUCAUUCAAGCAGAGAGAUGUAGCAAUGAUGAUUGAUACAUGUACCUUAAAGGGCACCGUCGCAACAAGAUGAAAUUGAACUUGGGUCUCCGUGUUGCGACAACAAUUUCCCAACAGAAGCUAGAGCCUCUGAUAUGGAAGUCUCAUACCGAAGACGCGAGAUUCGGUACAUUGGACUUGGAUGAAGAGUCGCACAGCGAAAUACAUGUAGAUGCCUUGACAAGUGAUGCAGUAAAUGUCAUGUUCAGACUUAGACCCCUGAGCAAUUUCAUAGUCCAGUGACCAACUUGUAGCUACUCUGCCACAACGCCUUUGCUGAUCGGAGAAGCAAAUUCGACAGAUUUUCAAUGAUGAAUAGGGGGCAUUCUAUCAAAGCAGCUAGUUUCACUCUACUGUAUCUCAUGAAUUGAGGAUCAGGGCCCCGUCUUACAAAGAGUUGCGAUUGAUCCGAUCAAUCAUAACUCUGGACGGCCAGCAACGUCAACAUCUAUUAUGCAUGUUUGUUCAAAGUAUUUUCUGGCUAUGAUGUAUAUUCAUGCAUCCAUUGUUUUCUUGAAAAUUCACUGCGCUUCUCUUUGCAUACAAUGGACGGGGCCCCGUCUUACAAAGAGUUACGAUUGAUCCGAUCAGUCGUAACUCUAUGGAAAUCUAUCAGUGUCAUAAUAUUUUAUACAGGAAAUGUGCAAAAUGUCCUUUUUAAACAAAGGAGAACACACCAAAUUGUCAAGAAAUCAAUUAAUUUAUGGAUAUACAUUCAUAUCUAGAAUCUUUUUUUUUAACAAUCAUGCAUUUUAUAUGUUGACUUUGCUGACUUUCCAUGCAAUUCUUUGUAAGAUGGGCCCCAGUACUGGACUAUUAAACCCUGGCCCGUAUUCUGAACUUGGGCUAGAUAAAUAUCUAUUACAAAUUAAUGAGUCCACUCUUCAAACAGUCGACUCAUGAAUAAAAUAGCGAGGAUAACCACGGCAACAUGCGUCAAUUUGGCGCACUGUGACAGAAUCGCGCAUCAGCAUUGGACAUUUUUAAAAAUAUGCGGUAAACCAUGGGUUCAACCGAUGGUUUUAAAAACCACCUUUGUGAUUUUGGGCUAUUAUGUCCUUAAUCAAUUACAUAGGGAUAUAUCACUUUGCACAAUAAUGGAUCACCACUUGUGCAUUAAAUCAUUUAUAAUUUACAAAUAGCUUUAUGAAAUGCAUAGACCCACCUUGUUGAACGUAUCAGCUCAUUUGAUACAUGAAUAAUUCAUAACUGUCUUGGAAUAAUAACUGAAGUAGAUUUCUUCAUUAUGAGAACAUGAGUAGAGAGCACAGUCGAGAUAAGAAAUGUACAAUGUAAGCAAUAUUUGACACUUUUCUGCUUCCCAUGAUUUCAGCCCAGAGAUUCACCAUAGCCUAAAACUAAAGUUCAGUAUACAGACCCAUGAGUAUUUCUUGGUCUUAAUCAUAACAGCAUAAGAGACACACACUUUAAUCUGCUGCGUACUUAAGGUCGCAAAGGCCUAUUACAUUGGGAAGGCAACAGAUAUUCAUUCGAGCCAACCCAUUAUCAAUUUUUUUUAUUUUGAUAUGGCUGAUUGACAAAGUGAAUGAAUAUGAUUGUCCAUCUGACGCCGAUUCUAUUUUUGGUAAUUACUGAACUUCCUUUUCCCGCAUUGGGAAGAAAUAUCACCAACUUUGGAUCUAUAUUUUGACUGGCGGAAGGAUAAGGGCUAUUUCACUGUUUCAGGUGAUGAAUUUGAUCCCUCGGGAGAUUCCUUUAUAAAUGCCAAUUUAUUCUUAAAAUGAGCCGGCCGGUCGAGGGACCCUUUUCUGGUCAGAUAUGGAUUGUCAGAUAUUUAUCCUAUCAACUGGUAGUAAACAUUCGACCCCCAAAUUUCAUCCUUAUUUUUUAUGAAUUUUUUAAAAGUGCCAUUUUAACACACGAGUCUAUGGGAAAUGUUUUAGACCUGUGAUACCUUAAUUCCCAAAUCACUUAUCUGUCCUCUUAGGAACGGUAGUGACUAUGUAUUAAGUUUAACUUGAAAAGUACUAGCCAUAUUGGACAAGAUUUAAGCAAAAUGGGAGUCAGAUAUUGUCACUUGAAAAGUUACAGCUCUAUGUACAUGUACGUCUAAAGAAUGAAGCAGAAAUACAUGUAUGGGGAAAUUUCAUAUUAUCACUACAAUUGCAGUAUAUAAUACAUGUACAGAUAUGAUCAUUUUUUUAUAUGUACAUAUUCAUAUAUCUACCAAUUUCAAAUUAAUUAUAGCAGUUGUAAUUUAGAUGUUUGAUUUGUUUCAAUAUAUUUUACAUCCUUCUUGAAUAUUUGAAUCAUGAUAUUUACCAUGUUAUUUACAUGUAUAUGGAAUGUAUUUUUAUAUGAAUUUCUGGAAAUUAUGUUAUGUUUGUAUAAUAUAUGUAUAUAUCACCACUCUUUACAUCUUUUCUGUCAUGAGAUAAAGUCAGAAAAAUUUAAACCUUUUGUAUUCCACACCAAUAUAUCAUUUCCUGUUGUAUUUCAUAUUUGUAAAAACUGUAUAUUUUGUCCUCUGGAACAUCUGUUACCCUUAAUAUUUUGUGCUGUAUGUUUGGGGGUGUUUACUCUGUGAUCCUUAAAAACUCAAAGCAGUUGACUGGAUCUUUAUUGUUUUAGACUUUUCAUUCUGAAAUACUACCACAUUAUGAUUGAGUUUGUUUUAUAUGUGAUGUGGGUGUAUUGAUUUGUAAUAAUAAAUUGUAAAUUCUUCUCCUUUUUGUGGGUGAAAUGACAAAUCAAAUUGAGACAUUAGCUUUAGACUUCUCUGAGUAAAAUUUGGCUCAGUGAUUUGGAGUAAACAUUCUUUAUAUUACAAACAUUUUCAUCAAUGAUGUUAUUCAUAGAUGUCAUUUUUGUUAUGAUUAUUGGUAUGAUGUAUAUACUUUCUCUUUUUACUCUGUAAAAAAAUACAAUCCAGCCUGCUAUGAAAAUUUCUCAUAAACCAUUUAAUUCCAGUUUAUUGGUGUUCUUGUAGACAGAUAUUCUUCCUUUAAUCAUAUUGAAUUAGGAUAAACUUUCCUUUUAUACUAAUUGUCAAUAAUUAAUUGGUGUCUGGUGACUUAGCUGAUCUAUCAAUUUCAUAUUGACAGGAUUAUGUUCAAACGAUGCUGGGAAAAAAUAAUCGUCAAAGUCCUCACAAGUUAUUUUUUGUCUCUUCAAAUUUAUUUAACUUGUAAUUUAUUAUUUUAUAUAUUUUGACGUCAUUUCAUUGUCAAUCAUAAGUAUUAUACCAAUUUUCUAGAAUGUUUGAGAUAAAUUGUUUUGUGAAUCAACGUUUUUCCAUGAAGAUGAUUUCUUUCAUGUAAAUGCUUCUUUAUAUUGGCAUGUUGCUAAUCAACUCAUUUGGGUGGUAUUCUGAGAAUUAAACCUAGGUUUAACCCUAGACUAAACUAGAAUUUAAACCAAACUUUGGAAUGCUGGGGUUUUUCACAUUUCAUCCAUAUCUGUGGCAAGUGUGAUAUAUUACUUCAUUAAAAUUCAUAUUUUUGUAUUUUCCUUUUCUUCCCAUUUCAGGAUUCAAUUAAUUUUUGACCUACUUUCUGCAGUAGGAUAAGAAUGAAUUUAAUUGAUGUAUGAUUUGACAACUGGCACUCCAUAAAAGUCUGGUUUAAGUUAACCCAGGUUUAACUAUAGAGUGCCGACAUGAUGACGUCACAAAUACUUUUUUUGCAUUUCAGCGUUUUUACUAUACAGUAUUUAGGUAGUGCAUGAUGAAAAACCCCUACAACCCAAAUUUGGUGAGAAUCAGUCCAUGGGGGCCUGAGAUAUGACCUAAUGAAUACAUAAUUAGCCCCAUUGAAGUCAAUUUAUAUCAUUGGCCUGGUUCCUAACUUUUAGAACCAGGCCAAUAAUACACUGUCUUCAGUGGGGCUAAUUAUGUAUUCAUGAGGUCAUAUCUCAGUUCCCCAUGGACCGAUUCUCACCAAAUUUGGGUUGUGGGGGUUUUUCAUCAUGUAAUACCAAAAUAUGGUAUCAAAAAUGCUGAAAUGCAUAAAUCGAAAAUUGAUGAUGUCACACUUUGGUAGGUACUCUAUACCAUGGGUAACAGAAUACCAUCCAUUGUCACUUGAUUUUGGAGAUAGAUCAUAGUAUAUUUAGUUAUAGAUAUAUUUAUAUGAUAUAUAUUGAGAAAACUUAGUAGAAUUGCUGCUUUUGAUAGAUUAUGGCUAUUCAUUCAGUGAUACGGAAGUUAUGUAUUUAUUUCAUCGAAAGCAAUGUGUAUUCUUGUUCUUGAUCAGGUGGUAGAAACGUAGUGGAAAUAGACGCUGGCAUGUUGUCAUCAAAUUUCCCCUUGGCAUCAUUUCUUUUAGAAGUUAUUGAUAGUUUAGCACUCAGAGGUUGAAGAAUUGCUUCCUUUUUUUUCCUACAUGCACAUUUGAAGAGAAUUUUGCCAGGAAUUAAGAUUUAUGAAAUUUUAAAGGUUUUUCUCACACUCAAAUUGACCGUUGACCCUAUUGGGUCUAAAGGGAAAGGUAUGUUCUCAUUGACAAGGGCCAGACGGUAUUACCCUAGCUUCCGCCAGAGAUGCUCGUAGUCUUCAAUCACAGACUCAUAUUUCAUCCUUUAACCAAUUACACCAUGUUUAGAGUGAAGACUAGACACCAAGAGGCCCGUAUUCUGAAGUCAGGUUUAACUUAUUUUCUGAGCUAAAAUUAUGUACGUAUCUUAUGUUUACUGUGCUCUUUCCUGAUUCAUCAAUGGUGAAGACAAUCAUUUUUUUAUACUUCCUAGACAAUAAUAUGAAUGAUUUGAGAGCCAAAUGAGCUGAAAUAUGAUAUCUCUCCUGUUAGUGAUUUACAUGUAUGGAACAAUUGGCUAUCCAUACUUAAACCACAACUUUAAACCUGACUUCAGAAUACGGGCCAGAUUGUGUUUGGUAGACCAGUCACAGUAUUGUGAAUCUAGUCUCAUUACUUCAGACUCUGCAUUAUGCACUAUGCAAAAACCGAAGGUCUGUGCCUAAGACUAAGUUGCACCUCUCUAGUAGACAUUAGUGGGGUUUCACCACCGAUAUUACUAACAAUAAUGUAACAUAACUUGGUAAAUUAUGAAAUGACUAUAUUAAUCAAGAAACAGGUUAUUAUGUUAUUAUUUUCAAUAAUCCUCCCGUUUUUGUCUCGCCUGAACAAAGUUUGGUAGAGAUCUAGUAAUCACUUUUCCUGUUGGUCUGUCAGUCUGUUCCUCAAGAUGUUAAAGCUUUUGUUCAACUUGCUCUUAUUUCUUCAUUUCUGUAUCUAUUAUGUUGAGACUUGGUACAUAUGAUCCAUAGGUAAUACCGCAUGUGUGUCCAUGAGGGGGAUGGGGUCAAAGGUCAUCUAGUGGUCAAAAGGUCAAGUUUUUGUUAAAAUUGCUCAUUUCUUUAUAUUUGCCUCAAUUGUGUUUACACUUGGAACAAAUAAUCAUUGGGUAAUACCACACGUGUGCCCAUGAGGAUGAUAAGGUCAAAAGAUCAUAUUGCAUAUUUUAUCGAUCUCGAUGUCAGGCGAGACUCCACCUUGUUUUUUAGUAAGAGCCCACCUUGGAUUUUGUUAACAGUGUAAUUGGCAAUAUAUUAUGUGGUAGUAUAAAAGUUUCAUGAUUUCUCUAGCAAGGGCAUACUUUGCUUUGUGUAUCUGUGUACAUUUGGGUUGAAUAUGAAAUGGACAAAAUAUUAGAAAAUA